AUGCAGUCAUUUCUUCCGCGGCCCUCCUCUCAGGGCCAGCAUUAUCCUCCAUUCCCUCCUCCACCAUUAGCUUCACCAGGGUUCCCACCACCACCACAACCAUCUCCAGGGUUCCCACCUCCAAACUAUAACUAUCCGGCUCCUCCAAAUCAGCAGCAGCAACAACCACAACCACAAAAUGCGCAAUCACAGUUCCCACCACCGCCUAGCAGCCGUCCAGCGACUACAAGUCCGCCUCCUCGAUUCGAGGCAGCAAGCAAUAAUAGCGCAGCAGCUCAUCAGGCGGCUAUGCUUGCUGCAGCGCAAGAACAAAAGCUGCCGUUGUCGCCGCCGCCGAUGUCUCCUCCGCCAACGGGUAGGCCUCGUAUGGAGCAGAUGCCUGGUGGUGCGCCUCCAGUGGGCCAAUUUAGGGGUGCACAGGCCACAGGUGCGGAUGAUGUUGGGACGUUCAACGGUGGGAGUUAUAGAAUCAGUCACCGGAGUGUGAAUUCGAUUGUGACUUUUCAGCUUGCGAUGGGUGCGCCGCUAGAAGCGAGACCAGGUGUUAUGAUUGCGAUGUCACCAACUGUCACGCUCAAGGGUAACUUUCAUUUUUCGAUGAAAAAGCUUCUCAUUGGAGGUGAAAUGAAUCACUCGACAUAUACGGGGCCUGGAGAGAUUUUGCUUGCCCCCUCUGUUCUUGGUGAUAUCACCGUUUUACGAUUGACAGACGACGGACAGACAUGGAAAGUUGGACGAGAUGCAUUCCUUGCCAACACGGCGUCGGUCAAGAAGAAAUAUAAGGCUCAAAACCUUUCUAAGACUCUCUUCUCCGGUGAGGGUUGGUUCGUGUAUAAUAUAACAGGCCCCGGGUUGCUUUGGCUGCAGAGCUUUGGUGCCGUGAUAAAAAAGGAGCUCGUUGAAGGAGAGAGCUACUACGUGGAUAAUGGUCACUUGGUGGCAUGGAAUUGUGAGUACAUUAUUGAACGAGUUGCUUCUGGCGGUAUGAUCUCAAGCUUGAGCUCUGGCGAGGGCUUAGCUUGUCGUUUCAAAGGCCCAGGAACUGUCUAUUUACAGACACGAAACCUGAAUGCUUUUGCUCUUCAGUUGGGCGUGAGCACUGCAAGUGGAUGAUGAUGACAUAUUCAAACCCGAAGUUUGAUAUUGACUCUCAACACUUGCGUGAUUCUCGACGAGAAGCCAGCGGUUCUCUUGAGAAAGUUGAAUGUAGCAAUCUGUGGAUGAGUAUAUAUAGUCCACCUGGGCAGUCUUUCCUAUAUAAUUCGAAAAGGAAAUGUAUUAAGACUUUAUAGUAGCGUCUUCUGCAAACACAUCCAUCCAUAAAUCCAAUAAUUCACAUUAGGGUCCCCGACUGUAUUUUGCCCCCACUGCACUUAGAUAUGCAUGACCCUCCAUCCAAGGCCCAUGAAGUCCUACUCGAGCAGCUAUGUCGAGCACACUGUACUGAUCAUGGUCAUUGAUGUUCAGAUCCGCCCUUGCUGCGCAAAGAUACUUGACAAGGGGUAGCUCUUGUCUCACGGUCGCUGCCAUUAAUGGUGUCCUCCCUCGAGAUCCAAUCACAUUGAUAUCAGCGCCCUUAUUGACAAGAAGCUCAACAAUGGGAAGGAAGCCACGUUCUGUAGCAAUUAUAAGUGCUGUAUCUCCAAAUUUAUCUUUCUGGUCUAUAUUAGCAUUGUGUGAAAGGAGAAUUUCUGUGCUUGCAACGUCACGAUUCGUCGCUGCCUCCAUCAACGCAGUUUUACCAUUGCUGUCUGGAAAAUUCACAUUGGCGCCGCUUUCGAGCAGAAACUUCAAUAGUGAAUGAUGCCCCAUUUGUGCAGCGAUCAAAAAGGCAGUUUCGUAAGCUCCAGUGACUUUGCGGGAACACUCCUUCUCGAAAAUUGCCUCGAAGGCCACGGUAUUUCCUUGUCUAGCUAAUUCAAUUAUUAUAUCCUCUUUUCGUUUCGAUCGCUCCGCAUGAUGUAAUACCAAACGCAUAGUUUGAGUAUAACCCUUUCGAAUAGCGUAGACGAUGACUGCCAGCAGUCGAUACAUCUCGGCUAAAUCAUUAACCAAUUUGAUUAUCAACAACUCUUGCAGGAUGUCGAAUUGGUUCUGAACGAGCCAAUCAAGGGCCAUCUGUGACGACUGGUCAUCCUCUAUCGAAAACCCAACGUCUGAGCCAAGCCAAAUAUCAAAAAACGUCUGCCGAGACGAUUGUGCAGCUUGCAAGUCGUCAUAAAUUUCGGGGAUUGGACUUUCAAUCCCAAUUGUUCCCUUCAAGUCCUGUAAGAUGGUCAUCGUUCGUUGGCCUGGAUAGCGUUUCGUUAAAUAAUGGAUCAUAUGAGUAACCAUCCAAGAUAUUUCGGUUCGAUAUUUGGUGCACCAGGCAUCGGAAGGUACGCUUUCAAGGUCCAGAUAUUUAGAGACAGGAAAUGAGGCACGGUCAUUAAGGUUUACGUCCACUAUAGCCUUGAUUCGUUGAGCCGCCAGUUCUUUUGCCGUGACGUCCUGUUCUAAAAGGACCUUCAAACAGAUAUGCGCAUAUUCAACGACACAAGGUUGUACCUCCUCGUAGCCGGUUAGAGAACACAGCCAUUCACUCAUUGUAAUGAGGUGUGUAAGACCAUUAUGAUAUCCCUGGGAGGCAAAAACUUCCAUGCUCUGGCGGAUAUCAGGUAAACCAGACGAAACUCCGGAAAUUAAUGAGCUAUCAGAUAAUACCUGCAAGUUGCAUAUCAUCCCUUCUGUAUUAUUACCUAAGCCCGAAUUAGCAAAUACG